UUGGGUGCGAGCCUUCACACGGAAUAGGAGACGGGAGACAGUGUUGGAUUGCCUAGAGUAGGUCAGAGUGCAGAAGGUGACGAAAAUUGAAUAAGUACAUAUUCUUGGAUCGGUAGUGCACCACAUUUUUCAUUUGAUUGAAUCUGUAACUCCGCGAGAAGCAAUUUUCACAUGGAAAUUCUAGGAUGUUGAAGUGAUUUCUGGUGGAUUUACGAAUAACGAUGGUGAAAUCGAUGGCGCCAUCAGUGCAUUGUGAAUAUAGAGCAGGAUAUCUUCCGCUGGACGACGGUGGUUAUUCGUGAAUUCAGAAAUUGGAAAACCAACUAGAAGCGAAGGGAAGGAUAGUGCUUUGGAAAAUUUGUGGAUAAGGGGGUGUUAGUGUUGGGUGGGGUGCAUAGAAUUAGGGGCUACGCAUUUUUCAUCGGUCGGUGAGCAACGAUUAAAGGGAAACAUAUUUCAAGUGAUUCGAUUUUGUUAGUGAAUUCAUGGAAAGGCUCAACUGCUACUAUUUGCACAGCUAUCACCUCAGCACUUGUGGAGGCGGGACAAAACGGAGGGAGCACUUUACGACGCAUCGAGUCAAAACUAGGCCACUAUCAGUGCUAAUUGUAUCACGUUGGAAUCGAAUCGAAUUCUGACUCAACAAUACAAUGGAACAGGAAAUUGGAAGCUGGGACUCGGUUUUGUUGGAGAAUCUGUCGGAGGAUAGUUUUAUUAAUAAUCUGCAUCAGCGCUACAAACGGGAUUUAAUAUAUACAUACAUCGGAACUUUUUUGGUGGCGCUGAAUCCGUUCAAGCCGUUGACUAUUUAUACACCUGAUUUGGUCCGAAAGUAUGCUAAUAAAAGUCUAUUCCAGCUGCCACCGCACAUAUUUGCUCUUGCAAAUUCGGCACAUCAGUUCCUUCUCAACUACAACGAGGACCAGUGCAUCGUACUGUCGGGUGAGAGCGGUGCUGGUAAAACCGAAUCCUCUCGAAUGAUUGUGCAUUUUCUUACCCAACUAUCUGAAAUGCGUCGAAGUCGUACUCCGAUAUUUUCACUUCGCGGAUCAAAUCCUAACUCGCGUCAAACUACUCCAAAACACUGCUCUAUUACUAGGGUAGGUUCAUCGUUUGAAAGUAAUACCAGUCGUCCGGAUAGCAUCAUUAAAUAUAACACAUCUAGGAAAUGUUCCCACGAGAAAACUGUUGAGUUCGACCUCAUAUCGCAUCACAAAAGUUCUGAGAAUCUAGUGGCUAUGAUGGGUAGUGGUGGAGCUGGAGUAAUGGGAAGUGGUAGCUUUUCGUCUGGAAGUACGCCUAAGUGUUUGAAGCACUCGAACCAAUCCAUCAGUCGGUCUACAGAAGCCAAUGAAUUCCCUACGAAAUCAACACUCAAAUCUGCCUUUGCUGUAACAUCAUCGUCAUCAUGUCCAAAGCACAAUUGUAGCAGUGCCGGAAGUAGUCACAUGGAUCUACACCGUAUGUGUGGCUAUUCACCGUCAUUACAGAAGCGAUGUAACUUGAGCCGGUGUUGUCAUCAGAACAGUAGCCGAUCGAUCCACAAGUCGUCUUCGUCGAUUGCUCUCACGUAUGAUCAUAGUAAUAGCAUGAUGUCUCCGUCAGUUCACCGUCGACAGAUACUGAAGUCGAUUACGAAGGAGGUAUAUCUGCGCGAUUUAGAAUUGGCCAAGAUGCGGGAACGGAUAGCUCACGCUGAGGUGUUCCUCGAAGCAAUGGGCAAUGCCUGCACCGUGAAGAAUGCGAACUCCAGUCGGUUUGGAAAAUUUUUCGACAUAGAGUUCGAUUACAAAGGUGAUCCAACAGGAGCACACUUAACUAUGUAUAUGUUGGAAAAGACCCGCGUUACAAAUCGAAGUCCUGGCGAGCGAAACUUUCACAUUUUCUAUCAGUUGCUAAGUGGUGCAGAUAUCCAUUUGCUCAAAUCACUCAAACUUCAACGAAAUAUAGAUCGCUACGAUCUCCUCAAAUACAGUUUUACCAACGAAGAAGACCGCAAUAAUUUUUCCUUCACUAAGCGCUCUCUGGAGGUUAUCGGUUUCAAUCAGGACGAAAUCUUUUCUAUCUUUACCAUCCUGGCGGUGGUGCUGAAGUUAGGCAAUCUUGUGUUCAUUCCCACGACAAACAUCGAUGGUAGCGAAGGUUGUGAAAUAUCCAAUGAGUAUGAGUUGGACGAGAUUGCACAACUCCUUCAGCUGGAUAGUCAUCUGCUGUUUCUCUGUUUAACACGGGUCGGCGAACGUUGGGAUCAGAUCGAUACGGAUGGGACGGAGAUUGAUGCUAUCUAUGCGGCAAAGAUAAAAUUUUCUCUGUGCAGGACUUUAUAUGGAAGGUUAUUCACGCUGAUAGCGGCACGGAUCAACGAGCUGCUCAAGUUGAAGCAGUACGGCGCGUCAAGUGCAGUUCGAGGAAAAACUAUUGGUUUGCUAGAUUUUCAUGGAUUCGAAGUUUUGGAGAAGAACUCAUUCGAACAGUUCGCUAUCAACUACUGCAACGAGCGACUACAGCAGCACUACGUGAAAAACGUGCUGAAAUAUCAGCAGGAUUUGUAUGUGGCAGAAGGUAUCGAAUGGGUGAAGAUCGACUUUUUUGACAAUCAGGCUAUCUGUGAGCUGAUCGAUAAGCCUUGUUUUGGAAUACUACAUCUGUUGGACGAAGCCCAGAUUAUCAACGAUGGAAUAUUACUAACCCGAUUGCAUCAGUGUUGUGCAGGUCACACCAAUUUCCUAGCUCGGGAUCCAACAUUGCCUUCCAACUGUUUUCAAAUACGUCACUUUGAGGGACCAGUGCUGUAUACCAGCCAAGGUUUCGUGGAGAAAAAUCUAGACAUAUUACCAAAGCACAUAAGCGCCUGCUUGUACCAGAAUUGUGAGCUGUCGAUCGUGGCCAGCCUUUUUCCGGAGGGUAAUCCGAAACGACACAGCUCUGGCCGCAAGCCGACCAGUUUGAGUACAAAUCUUCGUACCUCGCUACAAACGCUGCUAAAGCAACUGGAACAGCGCUACAAUCACUACAUCUUCUGCAUCAAACCCAACGAGCUUAAGCAACCAAAAAUGUUGGAGCUAGGUUUGGUACAGCACCAAAUACGAUACAUGUGCUUGAUGCCGUUGAUCAACCUUUGGAGGAACGGGCAUUACUUCAAUAUGGUGCACUCACGUUUUGUGCAGCGGUACAAACUGCUUUGUCAGUACACGUGGCCUCACUUCAGCGGAGCGAUCAUUGAUGGUGUGGCUCUCAUAAUCCGUAGUGUGCCACUUCCAGGAGCCGAGUUCACCAUCGGUCGAAAAAAAGUGUUCAUCCGGAGUCCCCGAACCGUAUACGAGCUGGACGAGUUUCGAAAAGUGCGACUGAAUGAACUGGCUAUACUGAUUCAGAAAACUUACCGGAGCUAUACUAAGCGUAAACAUUUUCUAGCGUUGCGUCGUAGUCAAUUCGUCAUAGCUAACUACUGGAGGAGUUGGCGGGAACGAGAAAAACUGCGAAUAACUGAAUUUAAGAAGCAAGCUCAUUGGGCGGUUCAGGUCAUUGGAAGAUUCUUUGUACUAAUUAAGACACGUGAGUUCCUUGUAACGCUCCUGCUUCGACUGCCACACGACAACAUGAGUCCUAUCUGUCACGAUUGGCCAACGGCGCCGACGUUUUUGACGGAGACAUCACAACUCCUGCGGAACAUCUUCCACCGCUGGCGAUGCUACAAGUACCGAAAAUCGUUCGACCAACCGGCACGGAAUCGAAUGCGUGAGAAAGUUACUGCCAGUAUCAUAUUCAAAGAUAGGAAAAUAUCUUAUCCACGAACGGUGGCACAUCCCUUCCACGGUGACUACAUCCGACUGCGACAAAACGUGCAAUGGAAACGUGUAAGUUGCGAGCACAACGAUCAGUACGUUGUAUUUGCUGACAUAAUCAAUAAAAUCGCUCGAUCGAGUGGAAAGUUUAUUCCAAUCUUAUUGGUGAUUUCAACCAAUUCGAUGCUAUUGUUGGACCAAAAAACGAUGCAAAUCAAAUACCGGAUACCGGCUUCGGAGAUUUACCGAAUGUCUCUCAGUCCAUACUUUGAUGACAUUGCUGUAAUUCAUAUUAGAGCGGAUAAUUACAGCUCGAACAUGUCGGACCGAUCGGAAUCACCCACUGGGUGUUUGUUUCAGUCGGAAAUCGGAAAGAAGAAGGGUGAUUUUGUGUUCCAGACGGCUCACUCGAUCGAGAUCGUUACUAAGCUGUUUCUGGUGAUCCAGAAUGCAACCGCCAAAUCGCCCGAAAUCGUUAUCAGUACCGAAUUCGAGGCUAAUUUCGGUCAGCAGACGGUAGUGUUCACAUUCAAAUGCGGCGGUCUAGUGGACAAUCCUUACAACCAAACCAGGGUCCAGCGCAAAGGAAACCGUAUGGAGGUGAUUGUGUAACAGAGGGCUUUACCGGAGGGCGUUACCGGUCCAGGUGGAAACGUGGAAUUCAUACAGCUGUUCGACUACGACGACGAUGAUGGGAAUUUGGAGUUUGGCGUCCGAGGGUUGGAGUUCGACUAGGCGUGACAGCGUUUGUGGUGUAUAUUCGUUUGGUGCAACCCUUGUUGAAGCAAUAUUCAAGAUUUUACAGUGCCAAAUAGAUUGCAUAAUAGAGUUAUGUUUGGUGUUUAGGAAUCAAUUCUUGUGAAAUGAAACGUAUAAAAUGAGAGGAAAAUAUUAAACAACAGUGAUUUAGGACGACAUAUCAAGAAUACUAGACGAUGAAUGUCUUCUCUCUGGAACCAUCUUAUGGUAUCACUUCGGAGAGGGGCCAGUGUAUAAAGCACUUAACACAUGUAGUAGAAGUAGUUUAGGUAAAUUGCUUCUCCUAGCCAACUUAAACAAUGUUACAGCGAUAUGAGCUCCUCUGUGAUGCAAAGAUGAGAUGAUUUUGCCGUUUUUCUGAGGAAUAAAAACUGAACUCAAAGUUUUUAACAUAGAUCCUCAAACGGUUCGAGUGAAGG